CCCGAUGACUACCGGCCCAGCAAGGUGUGCAUCUGGAAAAUCACUGUCUCCGAGGGCUUCCACGUGGGAUUGACCUUCCAGUCCUUCGAGAUUGAACGCCACGACAGCUGUGCCUACGACUACCUGGAGAUCCGGGAUGGCAGCAGCGAGUCAAGCAGCCUCAUCGGCCGCUCCGGUGGCUACGACUACUGUGGCUACGACAAACCCGACGACAUCAAGAGCACCUCCAACAAACUCUGGAUGAAAUUCGUCUCUGAUGGCUCCAUCAACAAGGCUGGGUUUGCUGUCAACUUCUUCAAAGAGAUGGACGAGUGCUCACGGCCCAACAACGGCGGCUGUGAGCAGCGCUGUGUCAACACCCUGGGCAGCUACAAGUGUGCCUGUGACCCUGGCUAUGAGCUGGCAUCUGACAAACGGCGCUGUGAGGCUGCCUGUGGAGGUUUCCUCACCAAGCUCAACGGCUCCAUCACCAGCCCGGGGUGGCCCAAGGAGUACCCUCCCAACAAGAACUGCAUCUGGCAACUGGUGGCUCCCACCCAGUACCGCAUCUCCCUCCAGUUUGACUUCUUCGAGACCGAAGGCAAUGAUGUGUGCAAAUAUGACUUCGUGGAGGUUCGCAGUGGGCUGACAGCUGACUCCAAGCUGCACGGCAAGUUCUGCGGCGCCGAGAAACCUGAUGUCAUCACCUCCCAGUACAACAACAUGAGGAUCGAGUUCAAGUCUGACAACACCGUCUCCAAAAAGGGCUUCAAAGCCCAUUUCUUCUCAG